AUGGUGGUCUUCUUUAACAACCAUCAACACAGCCUCGUACCACAGGUUAUCGAGGUGCUCCAACAGCUAGAAGAUGAUCCACAACGGCUUGCCCUUGAGCGGGACCGCGAGCCUCCACCACCGUACCAAUCGUCGGGGGAGACCACACAGCCUCCAACCCCCGGACCUCCAGUUAUCGACGAGUAUGCGCAGAGAUGUAAGCGGAGAAAAGCUCAUUACAGGUCCCAACCGGGAAUCCAGUUCGACAGCCAGACCUACAGAGAGCACAAGCGGAUUAUAUACCAGCUCGACAGAUGUCGCUCUGGGCGAAAGCAAACACUGCCCUUUGAUCAAAGCAUGGAUCUUCAAGCCAACGCUGAGAACAACGUUCGAAGUCGCUGGAUAGAGCAGGGAAUUUGGUUAGAUGCUUGGGGCCCAGCUUGGCCAGAGGGCAGCGAGCCAAUGACAACCCGUUGGCGUUUCAGUCGGCAUCGGCCUGAUCGCUUUCCUGAACCUGGCGGUCGUUGGGGCCAUGAGAAGAAGCCCGAGGAACAGCCAGAUUCAGCGCCGGAACCACAGGAGGAUCAGCAAUCUAAAUAUCAUGGCUCAGUUUUCCUGUCUGGCGCGUCUAAGCCAGAGCAAUCCAAGGCUGCCGUUGAGGACUCGGCCAGUCCUCCGCAACCCAGAGACUCUGCAGAGGCUUCUCCACGCGAUCCUGAAGCUUCUCGUCCCUAUUACCAGUUUCUGGCCCAAAUAUCUCACGAACGCGAAUGGAUCAAAGAUGAGCUCGAGUACAAGCGCACAAGGACUUUUGAUAUCGAUGCCAUGGCUUACGAGAGCGUCAAGAAAAACUGGAUUGAAGAUGGGGUUUGGGAUUCCGAAUGGGGUGACCUGCCAGGGAUGACGUGGAGACAUGAAUAUCCGAUGGAGAACGAGGCAGAUGAACGCCCUUAUCCCUUUGUUUCCGGCUUUGCCAGCAUCAAGGAUACCCAGCUGGCCCCUGCUCCCGGAUUCUCCGGAUACCCCCGUCUUUUUGGGCCGGGUGCUCUUGAGGGGGCGGAGUCAGGACGAAGAGAAGCGCGAGCAAGAGGCCCUUUUUGUGCCCCAGCGCUUGAGCCAGUCCAUCCCGGUCAGGAUAACGGGGGGGCAAAGGCACUCAAUCACCCACCUGCAGAUGCUAACGAGGCACAAUACCCUGAACAAAUUACAAAUCGACGCCUUCAAGAUGUAGGUUCACCUGAUGAACAGAGGAAUAUUGAGCAAGCCCCUUCCGCUGCAGAUUCCUGUGUGCAGGAUCGAAGUCAGCGGUUCGUAGAAUCCGCCCAGGCGUCUAAUUCAGUGCGGAAUGGUAAGAAAAGAAUCCUCAACCACGACGAGGAUAACGAAUUCUGUGAAGAACGAAAUUCCAAACCGCCACCAUCAAAACGUCCAAGGCGCGGCCGUCGAGGCCAAACUCUCAUAAACCGGGCAGCAUCCGAAGCUAAUGCAAAUUCGGCUGGCGGACCACAAGAUACUAACCCUGUCGCUCGGAAGAGCAUUAGAACGACCAGGAAAACAGGCAGUGCAGGAAACGAAGCAUCACAGAAUAGGGCAGGGAAAGAUGUCAUAGUCAACACAGCUUCCCGCCGCGAUGGUCCAACAGAAAUGGUGGUGGAUUCUCCCGCCCCUCCGGCUUUGGGGAAACCUCCGCUGCGACGCAGCGCUAGGAUCGCUGCAAGAGAAAAACAAUCGAGAGCCGCCAUUGAUAAGCCCGAACCCCCACGUCAAAAAGUCACAAAAGUCAUACAAGCGCCAACAGCUCCCUUGCAGGGGCGACAGUUGAGACCCCGGACGACAAAGGUUGCAGAAGGAAACCACCCAAAUCGACGCGCUGGUAGGGGCACGUCAAAGCCGAAGGGACGGAUGAAUACGAACAGACGCCGUCGACAAUAA